UACCUCUUCCCAAUAAUACACCUCUCUCUCACUCUGUCUGCUAAACCCUCUCCUCCAUCUCCUCCUCUAUCUCUCUCUAUAUCUAUCUACAUAUAUAUAUAUAUAUAUAUAUAUAUAUAUAUAUAGAACGAACGAUGUCUUGUGCAACAACACCUAUAUUCAAGCCUUCAUCAAUGGUCAACAGUUGCCUAAUUUCACCACCAACAAUCUUCACUAAGAAAACAACAUACCCAUUUCUCUCAAUCCCAUCCAGACCCAUUAGACUCCGCGUCGCUUGCUCUCACUCCUCUUCACUACCUUCCUCUUUCUCUCUCAUAAACAAGACCCGUUUCCCAAACUUGGUCACAAAGGCGGGCUUUGGAUCCAAGGAGGCAAAACCAGGAAAGAAAGAACAAAAAUGGACUCACGAAGGUCUAAUUACUGAAUCGCUUCCCAACGGUAUGUUCCGAGUUCGUUUGGAUAACGAGGAUGUGAUUCUAGGUUACAUUUCCGGCAAGAUCAGAAAAAGUUUUAUCCGGAUACUACCCGGAGAUAGAGUCAAAGUUGAAGUAAGUCGUUAUGAUUCAACCAAGGGACGUAUAAUUUAUCGCAACAAGAAUCCCAAGGAUUAGGGUUUUUUUUUUUUUUUUUUUUUCAACUUUUAACAUUUCCUUAUGUGGGAAUACAAUUAUGUGAUUUUAAAAUUGUAAGAAACUUGUCAUAUUGUUCAAGAAAAUUAUGGGAUUAUGGGCUGAUUUGUAGCUGAUUAUGAUGGCA